ACCGACCUAUCGAUAUCACUGGCAUUGAUAUGGUGGACGGGACGAUCUAUCGAAAUCAUCACAUGAUUACAAACCCUCAUCGUGGUAAAUGAUCACGACAGCCGAAAGUGGCUAACGAGCGCGGCACCUAGGACACUCUGAUUUCAUUUUCACGGCUAAUUAUCAAGAGUUUGUGCAAAACAACAGACAGGUCACGGUUUGGUUAGCUUUGACCACUCUGUGCGGACAAAUCCCUCUAUCAGGAUGAAAGUGUGUGGGCCCAAGUACGCCUUGUGCGGUUUGGUACUGUCCGUUUGGGGCGUACUCCAACUGCUUUUUAUGGGAAUAUUUUUCUACGUCCGGAGUGUAGCAUUGGUGGAGGAUCUCCCGUUAGGAGAGAAAAACUUUACCUCACUGGAUCAGUUCUACAAAGUGGUGGAUCGGGGUUACAUGCAGAACGCGUACAACUGCUGGAUCGCCGCAUGCAUCUACGUCCUCACCUUCCUCUUCUCUGGUCAUCAGUUCUAUCUCAAUUCCAGAUCGUCUCUCAGUUUAUAAAUUAACAGACGCGGAUGUUGUAUAACGACGCUACCGUGUGCGUCUAAUUUGUAAUAAUGUAUACAUCUAGAAAAAACUACUGGAUUUACUUUUAAAGCUCACUUAUGAAGUUAUCCUGUGAUCAAGUUGUUAUCCAGACGCAAUGUAAUCUCGGCGAAAUGUCUAUGUUCGAGAUGCUUUUACAGGCGCCGAAGGUAUAUCUUUUGCCAGGUUAAUGCCACAUAUGUGUAUAUUAUUCAUAUUUCCAUGUAUUAGUGUGUAUAUUAUAUAUAUAAAUAUCAGCUAUGAAAAAAAGCAGAAUAGAUGGCAGGAAAGAGGAUUAUGUAAUUAGCAGUGACCUUACUGAGAAUUUGUUUUGUUCAUUGAUAACAAUAUAUUUCGAUCAAGUUUAGAUUCUGUUUAUUGUUAUAUAUAUUGUUAAUAUGAUUUAAUAAAUUAAUCGUAGACUAUGAUAGAAUUCAUUCUUUUAAUUAGAAGUAGACUACGUAACACAUUGAUUUAAGUUUCUAUUUUUAUCUUGGAGGGGAGGGGAUACAUUACUAGAAAAAAUACUUAUUAAUGUUUGAAUUUGUAAUUUGUUUUGUUUCUGCCACUUAUUUUUUACAAAAUUUUAUCUGAUGUACGUCUUAUACUUUAAAGGUGAGAUUUUUGGCAAUUUAAUUAUUUUAAUGCUAGACAAAAGUUUUAAUUUUAUUCUGGCAAAUCUGAAAAGGCAUAGCACUGUCUUGCAUAGAUUCUUCCGUUUUUUUCGUGUAAUAUAAGCUUGAUCAAAUUUUAAGAAUGAGUUUUUGGUUAGUCUAUAAGUACUGAAUUUUUA